CCUUGCACACUCACACGCGCUCAAAGUUUUCCAAGAGUUUUCAAACUUCUGCUCGAGCUCAAACCGCGCGCACGCGAGCUCUCUCGCUGCCUUGACUCCCGUUUUCCCCGAUUUCCGUUUCGUGCUUUGAAACUUUCUUUCACUCCAAGCAUUUUUCCCCUCUUCUAAGUUAUGUUUGCCUCUAAGUGUUUUCUUAUGGCGAAUAGAUGACAGCGCGCGAGGGUUUACAACUGCUUCACACGCGACACAGUGGAGCUGUGCUUCUAUAGUUUUAUUUUGGUAUCUUUCUAUCUAUAGUGGGUAUUUAUAGUACAGAGGCUUUCUUUCAAACUUCCCCAACACUUUGACUUCUAAAGGAUAUGGCUGUGCUCGUGUGGGACAUCAUUGUUUCUGUAACGUUAUUGAUUUCUCCGGCUUUUCUGUCGGCGGAUCAGAGCGGCUUUAGGAAACUGUACGUUGUGCAACCGGGACCGAGCGGCACGGACGGGGUUCACGUGAGCUCCAUUUCAUCGCUCUCGGGAGCGUCAGGACAGCCGCACUCCUACAAUGUGGAGCUCAAAGCCAGCUUCGGCGGCCAGGUCCGGACUCGCAGAAUGGGUCACCAGCAGAACCCAAACCCGAGCAUUCCGAUCCGCCAGGACGCGCAGUCUGGCCGACACACAUCCAGCCAUCACAUGAAAGUGUCAGGAGUGAACGUCUGUGGGGGGCAGUGCUGUGUUGGUUGGAGCAAGACCCCAGGAUCUCAGCGCUGCACUAAACCUAACUGUACACCCCCAUGCAAAAAUGGAGGGAUGUGCUUGGGGCCCCACAUGUGUGUGUGCAAGCCAGGCUCUAAAGGCAAGUCCUGUGAACAGACCACUCUCCCUCCAUCCUCUCAUCCAACUGGACCACUAAAUGGACACACCAAUGGCGGAGUCCCAAACGGAGGUCAUACGAACGGAUACUCCAAUGGUCAUAAUAUAAUUCCCCAGCGCCCCAUUCCUCAGCAGAUCUUCCCACAGGGGCAAGGUCAAGUACCAUUACCACUGCCCGGCACCAACGUUGGACAUUUAACUCUGUCUAUGAAGCCGUCAGUUAAUGGACCUAUUCCAUAUCAACCACAAGUACAAAACCCAGUUUCGAUGACGAUGCACCAGAGUAAAACCCAAAAGUUUUUGGUCCAGCAGAAAAACUACCACACACACACGCAGGUGGGACCCACCUUGAACCGUGCCAUCCCACUGUCAGUGGGACACAACCCAAUUCAUGUGGGGAACCACACGGGCCGGAUCAAGGUGGUCUUCACUCCGACUAUCUGCAAGAUGACCUGCACCAACGGCCGCUGUCAGAACAGCUGUCAGAAGGGAAACACCACCACUAUCAUCAGUGAGAACGGACACGCCACCGAUACGCUCACCGCCCCCAACUUCAGAGUCGUUGUUUGCCAUUUGCCCUGCAUGAAUGGUGGAAAAUGCAGCGCUCGGGACAAGUGCCAGUGCCCGCCAAACUUUACUGGAAAGUUCUGCCAAAUGGCGAAUCCAAAUGGUCACCAGGGGCAACAUACUGUUGUAAAUGGGCAGAAGACACAUGUCCACUCAACACACACGUUACCCCUCACUUAUGGCACUGGACAAAACCAGGGUAUGGUGAAUGUCCAUGUUAAACAUCCUCCUGAAGCAUCGGUCCAGAUCCAUCAGGUGUCUCCAGUGGACAGUAACGGGCAAGUGAAGAACACACAGUCCAGUCACUCCUUCACCUACCACAGCAGCAGCCAGAGCAUCCAGCAUGGGCACACUCACAGUGGUGUCAUUUACCCCAACCAGCAAACAUACCUUCAAUACCAGCCCGUCACAUCCAAGAGCCAACUAGGACGCUGCUUCCAGGAGACUACAGGAAUGCAGUGUGGGAAAGCUCUGCCUGGACUAUCUAAACAGGAUGCCUGUUGUGGGACGGUGGGCACAUCAUGGGGAUUCCACAAAUGCCAAAAAUGCCCCAAGAAACCAUCGAUUCCUUUGAUUGAAUGUCCUCAAGGCUAUAAGAGACUGAAUGGCACUCGCUGUAUCGAAAUUGAUGAAUGUCAGCUUCAAGGUGUUUGUCCCAAUGGAAACUGCAUCAACACUGUGGGCAGCUACAGGUGUAUCUGCAACCCAGGCUUUGUGCCUGAUCCAACACUGACCUCCUGUUUCCCCGAAACACCUGCUCUUCGCGAGGAGAAGGGUGCUUGCUUCCGGUUUGUCGGUUCGGGGAAGCAGUGCUUGCACCCUGUGUCCACUCAGCUGAGUAAACAGUUAUGCUGUUGUAGUGUGGGCAAGGCCUGGGGUCCUCAUUGUGACCGCUGCCCUCUACCUGGGACAGCUGCAUUUAAAGACAUUUGUCCUGGAGGUAUGGGUUACCACGUCACCCCACCAUACAUUUACAAACCCAAACCCCCUAAUGGACACACUCAGACAGACGGUCAGGGGUACAACAAUCCCACCAUCAGACACCAAGUCCCCAUGGAUCCUCCAGUGCCCUUCCCCACCCUCCAGCAGCCAGUGGAGGCUCUGAGCAUCACAGAGAGACAGCUGCCUGUGCCCACAGUUGCCCGACAGGAUCAUUUUACCCCCAUGAGCAUUGAUAGGUCAGUAGUACAGCCUGGACAAGCCCAGCUUUCACCCGGGGUGUCCACAAUCAGGAUGCAGCCUGCCCUCCCAGAGGUGGUGGAGAAAGUGUCACCACCUGCUCCAGUGGCAAUUCCACCUUCCAAUGAAGGUCAGGACAUUACCCCAACACAGCUGGCUGAGAUUGACGAGUGUCAAGUGAGACCUGAUAUCUGUGGUGCAGGAAUCUGUUAUAACACUGCCGAGAGCUACACAUGCUUCUGUGAUGACGGCUAUAGAACAGACAGUGAGGGCACCACAUGUGUAGAUGUCGACGAGUGUGCGGAGAACCCAAGUUUGUGUGCUAAUGGCCGCUGUCAGAACACUCCAGGCGGAUUCCUGUGUGUAUGUGAGCUUGGCUUCAUGCCUAACGAGAGGGGCAGCAGCUGCUUUGGUAAUUCCAACACUCUGUCCCAUACUGUAUACAUACACAAAUAA